CUCUGUAAACCAGAAACAGAGGUCUGGAAAUAGAAACUAAAUCUUACCCUCAUUGCAGUCCCUCCCUUUAAGGACAAGGCAGAGCACCAAGACACCAACACUGUGCAUCGAUCUGUUUCCUGAACAUCCCAGCUUAGAGGAUUCCAAAGAGAGCUACCCCAGUGACCUUGCUCCCAGAGAAGAAGGAGGUGACAUCACAGGAGGGCCACUGGCAUCACGGCUCAGGAACAGUACCAUCGACACACGUCCAAGGCAUGGGUCAGACUUCCUCUUCUACACCCCCUCCAAAAGAGGAUCCUGAUUUGACCUCCAGCUUUGGCACAAAUCUUCAGAAUUUCAAGAUGAAAACCAAAAUCCUGUCUCAGGAAUUAAUUGCCUUCAUUGAAUCAUCCCUAGAGGAUGGAAACCUUCAGGAAACAGUUUCUGCAAUCAGCAGUGCUCUGGGUGGCAUAGAGAAAGCCCCACUGAACAUUGCAGUGAUGGGGGAGACUGGGGCUGGAAAGUCCAGUCUCAUCAAUGCUCUCCAGGGAGUGGGGGAUGAUGAAGAAGGUGCAGCUGCUUCCACAGGGGUGGUACAUACAACCACUGAGAGAACACCAUACACUUACACAAAGUUUCCCAGUGUGACACUGUGGGACCUGCCUGGCAUUGGAUCUACUGCCUUCCAACCACAUGAUUAUCUGAAGAAAAUCGAGUUUGAGGAGUAUGACUUCUUCAUUAUUGUCUCUUCCGGACGCUUUAAACAUAAUGACGCAGAACUUGCCAAAGCCAUUGUGCAAAUGAAUAGGAGUUUCUAUUUUGUUCGAACCCACACAGAUCUUGAUUUAAUGGUUGUAAAACGGAGUAAUCCUAGGAGAUUCAACAGAGAGAACACAUUAAAGCAGAUUCGACAUACCAUUUCAAGUAUGCUUAAGGAAGUUACCCACCAGGAGCCUCCAGUCUUCUUAGUCUCUAACUUUGAUGUGUCUGACUUUGACUUCCCAAAGCUGGAAUCCACCCUUCUGAGCCAGCUCCCAGCCUACAAACACCACAUGUUCAUGCUCACUUUGCCUAUUGUUACAGAUUCCACCAUAGACCGGAAGAGGGAUAUGCUGAAACAAAAGGUCUGGAAGGAAUCCACAAUGCCAAGAGCAUGGGCUACCAUACCAUCCCUGGGACUGACCCAAAAGGACAUGGAGAUGUUGCAACAGACUUUGAAUGACUAUAGAUCUUCCUUUGGCCUGGAUGAGGCAUCACUGGAAAACAUCGCUGAGGAUUUGAACGUGACACUGGAGGAGCUCAAGGCAAACAUUAAGUCUCCACAUUUGCUCUCAGAUGAGCCAGAUACAUCCUUAACGGAGAAACUAUUGAAGUACAUUGGAAAUCCUUACUUUUCAAAGGUUUUCCAUUUGCAAAAUUAUUUCAUUGACACGGUUGCGAGCGAUGUUAAAAUUAUCCUCAGUAAAGAAGAGCUUUUCACAGAGCAGCAUCCUCCACUGCACACAGCUACAUGCCAGCCUUCCUCUAGCAGACCCUCUCCUUUAAUGGCUCAACUUUUGGUGUUCAGCUUUGAAAAUUUUUUUAAGAAUUUCAAGAAGGAAAGCAAAAUCCUCUCUGAGGAAACCAUCACCUUGAUUGAAUCCCAUCUGGAGGAUAAGAACCUUCAGGGGGCAUUGUCUGAAAUUAGUCAUGCUCUGAGCAACAUUGACAAAGCCCCACUGAACAUUGCUGUGACUGGAGAAACAGGGACAGGAAAAUCCAGCUUUAUCAAUGCCUUGAGGGGAGUGAGGGAUGAAGAAGAAGGUGCAGCACCCACUGGGGUGGUAGAGACAACCAUGAAGAGAACUCCAUACCCACACCCAAAGCUUCCCAAUGUGACAAUAUGGGAUUUGCCUGGCAUUGGGUCUACUACCUUCCCACCACAAAACUAUCUGACAGAAAUGAAGUUUGGUGAGUAUGACUUCUUCAUUAUCAUCUCGGCUACACGCUUCAAAGAAAUUGAUGCACAUCUGGCCAAAACUAUUGAAAAGAUGAACACAAAGUUCUACUUUGUCCGAACCAAGAUAGAUCAAGAUGUCAGUAAUGAACAGAGGAGUAAACCUAGGUCUUUCAAUAGAGACAGUGUGCUAAAGAAAAUAAGAGAUGACUGCUCAGGUCAUCUCCAGAAGGCUCUCUCCAGUCAGCCUCCAGUCUUCCUAGUCUCUAACUUUGAUGUGUCUGACUUUGACUUCCCAAAGCUGGAGACCACCCUACUGAGGGAACUCCCAUCCCACAAGCGCCACCUCUUCAUGAUGUCCUUGCACAGUGUUACUGAGACUGCCAUUGCCCGGAAGAGGGAUUUCCUCAGACAGAAGAUCUGGCUGGAGGCCCUGAAGGCUGGACUAUGGGCCACCAUUCCACUUGGGGGCUUAGUCAGAAAUAAAAUGCAGAAGUUGGAAGAGACCUUGACUCUCUACAGGUCUUACUUUGGGCUGGAUGAAGCCUCACUGGAAAACAUUGCCAAGGAUUUCAAUGUGUCUGUGAAUGAAAUUAAGGCACACCUUAGGUCUCUCCAGUUGUUCACAAAGAACAAUGACAUGUCCUUCAAAGAAAAACUGUUGAAAUAUAUUGAAUAUAUUUCCUGUGUUACUGGGGGACCACUUGCCUCAGGCCUUUACUUUAGAAAGACUUACUACUGGCAAAGUCUCUUCAUUGAUACUGUGGCAAGUGAUGCCAAGUCUCUCCUUAAUAAGGAAGAGUUUUUGUCAGAGAAGCCAGGAUCAUGCCUCUCUGACCUCCCUGAAUACUGGGAAACAGGAAUGGAGCUGUGAGGUACUAACCUUAGGGCUGGCUUCAGGCACGAACUUAAAUCCUACUUUUAAGCAGCAAACAUUUUCUGGGAGAGGAUUCAUUUCUUUCAAAGACAGAAUAUCACUGUGGCAAGUGGAAAGAGAGUUAUGCACAGUAUAAGCACUGUCUUCCAUUAAAGUACCAUUAUGGCCAUCUUGUGUCCCUGGUCCCUAUGAGACCAUUCUGCACAGAGCAGCUCACAGACUGCAGAGGGUGAGCGAGCAGACUGCAGAAGCAACACAGAUGCUGGGACAGACCCCAGUUUCUGGCUCCAGACAUCUGGACACCUUCCCUGCCAGAGGAGAGGUGACCAUCUGGAAGGGCUCUGACUGCCAGAGCUGGUGGGGGAGCCAUCUUUUGUCCUGGGUCCCUCUGAGACCAGUCUGCCCAGGUCAGCUCACAGACUGCAGAGGGUGAGCGAGCAGACUGUAGAAGCAACACAGAUGCUGGGACAGACCCCAGUUUCAGGCUCCAGACAUCUGGGCACCUUCCCUGCCAGAGGAGAAGUGACCACCUGGGAGGGCUCUGACUGCCAGAGCAGGUGAGGGAACCAUCUUGUGUCCUGGGUCCCUCAGAGAACAGUCUGUGCAGGUGAGCGCAAAGACUGCAGAGGCAACACAUCUUCUGGGACAGGCCCUGCUUUGGGCCUUCAUCUUCAGCCAGUUGGCAGGUCUGAACGCCAGACCUCUGUGCACCUUCCCUGCAAGAGGAGAGCUUGCCUGCAGAGAGUACUCUGACCACUGAGACUCAGGAGCAAGCUGGACUCCCAGGACUUCUGACAGAUGCUAACAAAUCACAGGAGGAACAGGCUCCAGACAGAGACAGCUAUAACAACUAACACCAGAGAUUACCAGAUGGUGAAAGGCAAAUGUAAGAAUCUUGCCAACAGAAACCAAGACCGCUCACCAUCAUCAGAACCCAGCACUCCCAUCUCAGCCAGUCCUGGAUACCGCAACACACCGGAAGAGCAAGAUUCAGAUUCAAAAUCAUAUCUCAUGAUGCUGGUAGAGGACCUUAAGAAGGGCAUUAAUAACUCACUUAAAGAAAUACAGGAC